AGGCACACUGAGGCACACAGAGACAGAGAGACAGAGCGAGGCGGUCUAGAGAGAGAAAGAGUACCUUCCUUGCAUGCCCAAUACCCGGGCAUAAUGCAGUACGAAGAGUUCAGUUGAAAGGAGAGCGGGGCAAGAGUGGGGACUGAGGACCCUGGAGCAAAUCAGCUGUUUUGUGGAUCUGAUCCGACGAGACAACACAUUGAUUUGGAGCGAAGGCUGGCGACUGAGGACCAAAGAAAAUGGCCGCCAUUCCCUGAUUUCUCAACCAACCCGUACACACGUACAACAUUCUGGCUAUCUUUGUACUGAGCAUUCAUUCACACACACCAUCACACACUUAUCCAGAAGAGAACUGGAUGAUCGUGGCCAAAAUGGAAUUGGCGACUGUUUGACAGUUUCUCAAGUCAAGUGAUUGUGAUAACACGGGAUGGAAUUGUGCUCUCAAUCCAGGAUAGCAACGCCAAGACUCGUUCUUGUGACUUCAGCCUUUUUUCCUGUCUCAAACAACUCUGGUUGUGGACGAAGGACUUGACAAAAAAACCGAUUCAUUGGGGGUCUGGAUGAAGUUUCGUGAUAUCGUCUGCUAGAACAAGUAGAACUUGAAUAGGAGGAGGAUCCACAUUGUCGUGAUGAGGAGCAUGAGCUAGUGAGAAAAUGCGGUGACUUCCCAAUUGAAAACAACAACCACCCUCAGAAAAACGACGAAAGCGACGACGUGAUUCGUUUGAUGCUCCUUUGUGCUGCCUUGCAGGAGUAAAGUCGUGCAAUUUUCUCCGCGCGAUUCACUUCUUUUAUUUGGCCAGAUCUAGCUUGACGCAAGUAAAAAGCGCAAAGUGUAAGACAAAUCAAAACAUCGUUACUGUGCGCUCAUUGCUGAUUGCCCAUGAAGUAGCAACUGUAAGGGGCCUGAAAAAAUAAUAAAAAUGCCUUCUGAUAAGAAGCGCGAUGAUAUCGAGGGUAAUUGCUUCGCCGAGGCACACCAGCAUGCUCGAAACUCUUUGACUCGUGAUCAGAAGGUCGAAGAAGAGACAUGCUUAGUGGAAAAGAGCCCUCAAGUGAUCUCUCCUAAGCGAAAGAGUCCAAAGAAGACCAAGAUGGUGUCUGAUCCCAACACAGCCAUCGCCUUCGAAAAUGCGUACAAACAUUACGGGAGGGGCUCCCGAAAAGUGCCCGUUCUCUCUGGCCUAAACAUGACCAUUCCAAAAGGUGCCAUCUACGGGUUGCUGGGUCCUAGUGGUUGUGGCAAGACCACUCUCCUGUCUUGUAUCGUGGGCAAACAGCGAUUGAAAUCCGGAUCAGUGACGGUGUUUGGUGGGAAACCAGGUUCUGCCGAGUCCGGUGUACCUGGAACACGUGCCGGAUACAUGCCGCAAGAAUUGGCUCUCUACGGGGAGUUCACAAUUGCCGAAACAAUGCAAUAUUUUGGACGUGUUUACGAUCUCACGGCCGAGAAGAUCCGCGAAAGAACCGAGUUCCUGCUGAAUUUCUUGGACUUGCCCAAAGAGCGGCGUUUGAUCAUGAAUCUAUCGGGUGGUCAGCAGAGACGAGCUUCGUUGGCUGCAGCUUUAUUGCAUGAACCUGAACUUCUGAUCCUGGACGAGCCCACGGUGGGUGUGGAUCCACUUCUUCGCCAAUGCAUCUGGACCCAUCUCCUGGAGAUAUCCAAAGCUAGUCAUUUGCAGACCACCAUAGUCAUAACCACUCACUACAUUGAAGAAGCCAGACAAGCCAAUGUGGUGGGGAUGAUGCGAUUUGGAAAGCUCUUGGCCGAGGGAUCCCCUGCCAAGUUGCUGGAACUAUAUCAUAUGCCAAAUUUAGAGGAUGUCUUCCUGCAUUUGUGUCUGGGUGAUGAGGAGGAGAGGGAGAAUGAAAAUGCAAACAAACUUGAACAUGCUGACUCACCCAAGAGUGUGGCUAGUCCAGUCAAGGUGGACAAUGACUUCCAUGUCCCUGAAGUACAAGUUGAGACUGUCGGUACGGAGUCCAGACCUGUAAGGGGUCAACCGAGCAACUGGUGCACCUUCCUGACCCCGCAUCGGAUGAGAGCCCUCCUAGCCAAAAAUUUCAUCCGGAUGUGGAGGAACAUCGGUUUCCUUAUCUUCCAAUUCAUCAUACCCACUGUCCAAGUGGCCCUCUUCUGUCUUGCCAUCGGGAGGGACCCACGUGAUCUCACUUUGGCCGUUGUUAAUGACGAAGUACCUUCCAUGAGAUGUCCAAAGUUUACAACGGGUUGCAUCCUUGGGGAAAAAGACGAUUUUUUGGGCUCGUACGAUUUUAAUGAGCAACACAAAGCCAACCUGAGUUGCCGCUAUUUGUCCUAUAUCGAUGAGGCCAUCAUUAGGCCGAAAUUCUUCGACUCCCUGGAAGAGGCCGAACUUGCAGCCAAAAGAGGUCUGCACUGGGGAGUCAUGCACUUUAAAAAGAACUACACAAUGGCUCUCUUUGACAGAUUAUUUGGUCUUGCCAACCCAGAUAAACUGACCAAUGAGACACUCGACAUUAGUGAGAUCCACGUCAGCCUAGAUAUGACCAACCAACAAGUAGGAUAUACUAUUCAAUUGAGAUUAAGUGAAGCCUACGAGAAGUUCUCACAAGGUCUCCUUGACGCCUGCGAUUUUCCAAAGGAGUUGGCCUCUUUGCCCAUCGUCUUCGAAGAGCCAAUUUACGGCUCCAAUGAGCCCACAUUCACCGAGUUCAUGGCACCUGGCGUGAUCCUCAGCAUCACUUACUUUAUGGCAGUGGGCCUGACUGCAUUGUCGUUCAUCAUUGAACGGAAAGAAGGCCUACUAGAUCGAAGUUGGGUGGCUGGUGUCACAGCCACAGAAGUCAUGUUGGCCCACGUGGUGGCCCAGUUUGUUGUCAUGGUCGUCCAAGUGGGCUUGGUCCUAGUCUUCAUGAUCUACGUUUUCAAAGUUCCAGCCGAAGGACCCCUCAUUUGGAUCAUUCUCUUGACCAUCUUCCAGGGGAUUUGUGGCAUGUCCUUCGGUUUGGUCAUCAGUGCUGUUUGCGACAACGAGCAAGACGCCAUUCAACUUGCCUUAGGAUCCUUUUAUCCCAACCUAUUAUUGAGUGGGAUCAUCUGGCCUUUAGAAGGAAUGCCAGAAGAACUCAGGUACUUGAGCUAUGUUCUACCCCAAACUUACGCUUGCGAGGCCAUGAGGGGAAUCUUAUCACGAGGGUGGGGCAUCGAAUGGAUGCAAGUUUAUCGCGGCUACUUGGUCACGUUUGCAUGGACUAUUUUCAUGCUCAUUCUGAGCGCUGUUCUAUUAAAGAUCCGACGAUGAUACUCUCCCUUUUCUUAGGUUUCAUUUUAGCUCCAUUAUACGUAUCAUACAUAUGAAUAUGUCAUAGAACUUGAAACUGAAAUACACUCAUCAACCUGUCAAGCCAG